AUGGCUUUCUCAUCUCAAAACCUAGGUCCUUACGUCACCUUUGAUGAGUUAUCUCUCGGCCUAAACCCGCAGCAUGUUGUUGGACGUGUUAUCAGAUCGUGGGAAGUGCGUAGUGAAAACAAUCGAGACCAAUUCAUCGGAAUCUCUAUGGUCAUGCUUGAUGAAAAGGAAUCUACAAUCUAUUGUUUCAUAUCAUCACCACUUCCCCAAAAACAACUCUCCACUUUAAGGGAGGGGACUAUUUUCCAACUUGGUGGGUUUGAAGUCAAACCGUGCACUACACACCACAAAAUCACAGAUCAUCCAUUUGUCAUCAAAUUCCUUGACCAAACAACUUUUGUUGAUUUUCCCACGAACUGGAUUAAGAUCGGAAAAGACAAAUUCAGGGUUCACACACAUGACCAUUUACUUGCAUUUGCUAACACCAACCUCGCUCUCCCAGGACUAAACCCCACUUUCACUGUUACCGACAUAACAUCAAAAGUACACAAAAAGGAGACAAUAACUAUUGGAGAACUAUGCGAGUUCACUGGCUUUCCAAUAACACAGGACGCCGAUUUCAUCUGCCAAGCUACAAUCGUCGAUGUUUUAUCCACCUACGGCUGGAACCACAUGACUUGCAUUGCUUGUGUAGGUGAACUUCAGGCUCAUGAAAAUUCUCUUCUCUGCGUUCAGUGCCAACUAUCCAAUCCAUACAGAGACGAUAGGUUUCAUGUUGCGUUUGCAAUUCUUGACAGAAGCGACGUUGCAACAUUUCUUGUCUCCGACAAGGAGUUGAGGAAUUUACUUCCUCCACAUAAGUUUGAAGAAUUACGUGGAAAGGUCAAAGAAGAAAUAUUCCCGGACUUGAUUAACUCGCUCGAUGACCUUGGAAACACACUUAUUUUCCAUAUCAAGGUCACCGCGUACAAUCAUUCAGCAAAGAAUCGCAGUUUCACGGUUGCAAAAAUAACUAACGAUAUGGGUCACGUACAGCCGAAUUUCUCGACGGUCACCAUCCGACAGAACGAAGCAGCUGGUACAACAAAUUACAAAUUCGACAAUUGUACAGGUGCAAGAGGAUCAUCCUUUACCAUUCCUGCCUUUAAUACUACUACGCACAAGAAGCACUAUACUUAA